UUUCCAAUGAACAUGUCCGCCUCGUGGGAGAAGAAAGCGUGUCAAUUAUUAGUGCUUCAAUUUUUUAGCGAAUAUAGCCGGACGAAUGGCACUCUUGUUGAGUUAGCCGCACGAAACUAAUUUGCAGUAGAAAAUGAGUUUUUCGGUGAAAAAGACCGGUGGCAGAAUGUGGCACGAGGCACGCAAGCAGGAGAAGAAAAUUCGCGGAAUGCUGGUCGAUUAUCGCCGUCGGGCAGAACGUAGACGAGAUUACUACGAGAAAAUCAAAUCAGAUCCUACGCAAUUUCUCCAGCUACAUGGCAGACCAUGUAAAAUACAUUUGGACCCAGCGAUAGCUGCUGCGGGUGAUAGUCCUGCAAAUAUGAUGCCUUGGCAAGGCAAUGAGGAUAACCUUAUAGAUCGCUUUGACGUACGAGCACACCUUGAUUGGAUACCAGAAGCACCCGACACAAUUGAUGUUGACAUUGCUCUAACAAGUGAAGAUAGACAUAUCAACUAUGAACGUUAUCGUAUUAUUGUUCAGAAUGAAUUUUUAGGUGUGGCCGAAGAGAAGUUUCUUCAUCAGAUAUAUUUGGAGGAGCAAUUUGGUUCAUCCACAAAGUUGGAUGCUGCAAAAGAUAAAAAGAAGUCUGCUAAUAAUGCUGCCAUUGGGUACAAUUAUGAAACAGAAGAACCGAUACCUGAGCCAGUAAAAUCAGUAGACCCUAUCAUAUCUGAAGAGAAGGGAGAUGAUGAAGAUAGCGAUAUAGAUUUAGACAUAUGCGUGGAUGUGUCUCAAAUAGAGCUAUCUCAAGCGCAUGAGAUGAAUUUGGUAGCUCAAAAAUAUGGACUCUUAGGUGCUGAUUACUUUAGCUUUUUAACGCAAGAUUUUGAGGAAGCCGAAACUUUGCGGCAAGCCCGGAAACAAGAGGAGGAGAAAGCCAUGUAUUCGGGUCGACGGUCGCGUAGGGAGCGGCGAGCAUUUAGAGAAAAGAAAAUGAUAGGUCGCGUGAUGAGUCCACCUAGUUACGCGGCGAGGGAGAGCCCCGAAUACAAUCCCUACAGAAGAUCCUCUUCCAAGUCACGAUCGCGUUCCGCGUCGCCUGUAAAUACCGGACAGAUUACUUACAUCACAAGUUUCGGCGGCGAGGAGGAAACUCAUGGCAGUACUUCGCACGUCACAUCGUCGUACUCAAAGAAGGUCAAUUAUUCGUACCUCAGGCGCCGGCGAUCGGAGAGCCCUGCUUUCAGCGAGAGAACAGUCAGUAGGAAACUGUCCAAGUCUAGGUCGAGAAGUUGUUCACGCUCAGUUAGUAGGACUAAAUCGUAUAGGACACGCGAUAGAAAACGAAGUGGAUCUAGAAUAAGAUCGAGAAGACCUCGCUCGAGACCUCGAAAGUUCACUAGAUCAAGAACAAGAAGCUGGUCGAGACGAUCUCGAACGCGAAGUAAAUCGCGAUCGCGUUGCAGGAGUAUCAGCAGAUCCCGGUCGUUCACUGUUUCCCGAUCUAGAUCACGUUCGCGCGCCAAGAGGUCCAGAAGCGUAUCCUCGAGCAGCGUAUCAAAGUCAAGAUCAAGAUCGAGAUCGCGUAACAGGAGCCACUCGAGAGAUAGCUAUCGAAAAAGACGUUACUCGCCGUCUAAGUCAAGAUCCAAGUCACGAUCGAGAUCGAAGUCCCCGACGAGAUCUAGAAGUCGUUCGAGAAGCCAGUCGAGUUGCAAACGAUCACGGAGCGAUGACAACAAGACACCAGCAUUGCCAAGGUACUACGGGCGCCGUGGGAAGUCAUCGAGUCUUGAACUAGAGCUGUCCGAUAACGAAGAGAAAACCAAUCCCGCGACAUCGGCGAAGCCGCCGAUAAUUAACACAAGCACGAACAAGCCAAAAGCAGGGUUAAGUACAAAUUCUGGUGGCGGACACAAAACACUGAAAAUUACACCUCAGGAGCGGCUUAAGAAAAAAAUGCAGGCUCUACUGAACAGACAAUAUAAAGCUGACAAGAAGGCUGAGCAACUGAGAAUUGAGAAAAUGGAGCAACAGCGGCAGGACCGGGAAGACGAGAUUCGAGAGAUGUCAUUAAAACUACGUAGAAAACAAAGAGAGCGGAGGCAUCGCUAUGAAGGCCACAGUUCCGAUACACGUUCUUCCGCGUCUCGCACGCCAAGCCCGAGCCGUAGUCCUCGACAUCACGUUGUACGUCGCGAGAGGAGAGAUCGGGACGCAGAUGGCGAUCGUGAGAGGGAAAGAGAAAGGGACAGGGAAAGAGACAGAGACAGGGAAAGAGAUUACCGACGCGAUGAUCGCGAUCGCGAUCGCGAUCGUGAUCGCGGUAGAAACGAUUCGCGUAGAAGGCACAGAGAUUCACCACUUCGCUCAUUGAGUCCCAGGAGCAGUCGAGGCCUAGUCGACUAUUGACUUCGGGAUACACGUUUCAUCUUCCAUCCGAAUGUUAAAAGAGAUGAAUUAAAAUAUGUUUUAAAUACUUUCUAUUCAACCGCAUUCCUUCCUUAAAUCGCUGCUGCUGACAUUUUAAGGGGAUCGUGUGCUAUGGGAAAAUUCUACGAAAUUUAUCACCAGCAUCACUAUUCUCAAAAGCACUGCAAAAUAAUAUGGCAUAAAUCUGCUAUUAUAUCAAAUAAAUGGAAGUAUUUCCGUGUA